AUGUUGUAUUAUUCUCUUGCUUGCUUGCUUUGGCUGCUGCAUUUUUGCUGAGACGAAAUAAUGAAUCCUCAAACCGAUAAAGUGGUGAGAAGAACGACGAUGGUGGCGACUGCUGUUGCUUCCUACUUUCUCUUAACCGGCGAUUACGGUCCCGAACCCAACGUUCUUGAUCCCAUCAAAAGGAAGAUAUUAGCAGCACAAGAUUCUGUGAAGCAAUUCAUCUUUGGACCAAAGGGAGAGCCAUCUGGUAAAGAACCAUCUGACACUGCUAAAUGAACAUGUUAGCUAGAAAUGUUUGUCAAUCUACUUUUGUGAUCAACAACUAUGGUUUAACCCUUUACUUUGACUUUGUUUCCAGUAACAAGUCUUAAUCUCUUC